AUGAAACUCGUGAGAGGAAAACUAAUCAUUCAAGGACUCGAUGCAGUUGUAGUAGGCGGAGGAGAGAAAAAGGGAAUGGAUGGGAAACUAGUGGGGAGAGAAGGGAUUGUUGUUGGAAAUGAAGGCAAAGUUGGCAUUGAAAAUGGAGCGGUGGAAGUUGGAAGAGUUGGUUGUGGUAAUGUUGAUGGCAAUGGAGGAAUUGAAGUGGGAAUGGUGGGAAGAGUUGGUUUUGGAAAUGUUGAUGGCAAUGGAGGAAUUGAAGUGGGAAUGGUUGGAAGAGUUGGUUGUGGCAAUGUUGAUGGCAAUGGAGGAAUUGAAGUAGGAAUGGUGGGAAGAGUUGGCUGUGGCAAAGUUGACGGCAAUGGAGGUAGUCCCGUUGUUGGGAUAGGCAUGUUUGGAAUUUGAGGAAGAGGUUGUUGCUGAAGAAGAUGUCGUGAGGCCGAACAAGUCUUGAUCAUAAUAGUGGAAGAAAGAGUCACUAAGCAAGCAAUGAGAAAAAGCUUGUACGUGGCCAUCUUUAAUGUGUUGAUGAGUUUUAGAUUCUGGUUAAGCCACUCUCUUAUUGCUUCUUCGGUUUAUUGCUUUGUGUUGAUGAUAUGUUGUCAGUAUAUAUAGUGGCAAGAGUCUUAUAUGGAUUACAAAAAAAAUCUUAUCACAGAUAUAAUAUUUUAUGGUUUUGGUAGGUGUAGUUUAUGGUUGGUUUGAGCCUUGUUAGUUCAACUUAAUUUUUUAUUUUAGACUAUAUUGACAAUUCCAUAAUUUUAAUUUAAGUUAGUUCAACAAUCAAAACCCUAAACACAUGACUAAAAGAAUAUGCACAGGUGUAUCAAAAGAACUAACACAAGUUGGUCACCUAUAAGGCUUUAGAACUAGUAGAGAUUUUGCGGCUCGUUCUUGCUAUAAUAACAUUCUUCUUGUGUUGUCUGAUGACGACGAGGGAAGCUCAGCCUCAAGCGAUGAUUUUAAAGACAUGAAACUUCUUCAUUUGAAGUUCGAAUGUGAUGGUCAAGUCAAGAGGCCAAAAACUUGAUAUAUUUUAAGUAGCUGAUUUUAAAGACAGAGCAAAACGGUAGAUAUAUAUAACUGUAAGAAGAUAUGAACGCUUUGAAAUUUUGAGGAUGAAUCCCCAAUAUGUCUCGGCAAGAACCAUAAAAUAAGCAAUCAAGAUAGCAUAACACCGGAAUAUCCCAUCAAAUAGCCGCCAGGAUUUGAUCAUAAAACUUCAGACGCCGAAGAUCAAGAGUGAGAACCGUAUCUGGACACAGUCGAACCACUUUAGACCAACCGCAACGGCGGUCCGUCACGGGUCCGUGGCCCAAAUCCUUAGCAUUUUUACAAUUAAAAAAUUGUGAAUUGGGCUCAGCUUUAGACGGAUCAGUCCGUAAAUAAGGCUUCGAAGGAUCAAGUCUUUACUGCACGUGGCGUCUGAUGGUUGGCCCGGCGAAAUGUUGUGUUGGGUUAUGUCGAAAAAAAAAACAUUCGCGACCGAAGGUGAGAAAAAAAAUCAGAUUUCUCGACGAAAGGCGAUUUCUCUCCAUCUUCGAUUUCUCUCCAUCGUUGAUCUUCAAAGAUGGCGAAUCCGCAUGAACCUCAUUUCUUCAAGCCUCUGCUUCCUGGUUUCCACGACGGCGUCACAAUACCACUAAGCUUCUUCUCACAACACAUACAAGGGAAGACGAACGGGAAAAAAUGGAAACUAAGAUCGGACGCUUCUGAUCAAACUUGGGAAGUGAUACAAGAAGGCAGGCGACUCACCGGAGGUUGGAAAGAUUUCACGACAGCACAUGACCUUCAAAUCGGUGACAUUCUCGUCUUCAAACACGAAAGAGACAUGGUGUUCAAAACUUGUAUAAUUUGAUAUAGAAACUUGAAAACAGAUUAGAAAUGUAAUAGAAACUUGAAAAAAAUUGAAAAAAAUAAUUAUAACUUAUAAAUACCACUUUUAAAAUUGAUUAAAAGAUUACAAAUGCAAUAGAAACUCCUUAACUAUUUAAAAAAACUAUUAAUAAAUAUUGUGUCUUUCUAUUCAAUUAUGUUAUAAAUAAAAUUAUUUUAUUUCACUUUUAUUUCACUUUUUUUAAAAAAUUAAUUUUUAGUUACUAAGGAUUCCAUAACUGAGACUCACCAUUGGACUAAUAUUUCGGAUAAUGAUCCUUAACUAUUU